UCCAAUUUUGGUCGUAUGGGUCGGGUGUAUCCGCCAAGCCAGAAGCAGCGAAGAGUGGCUUGGGCAGAAGAAGGAGAAGACGAAGCAGGCAGAGAGCCCACUACACACCACAACCUCCAUCACAUACAACCACACACUCCAAUUUUCAUCCUCACAAAUAAACCCCACUUUUUCAACAACUCGAAAAUAAAUAUGCCGAGAGCAAAGGGAGAUACGAGACCAAGGGGACGCAUGACGGCGUAUGCUUUCUUUGUCCAGACUGCUCGAGAAGAGCAAAAGCGACUUCAUCCGGGAGGUUCUGUGGUAUUCGCCGAUUUUUCAAGGAAUUGCGCUGGACGCUGGAACUCUUUGUCCGAGGAGGAGAAACGACCCUACAAGUUAAUGGCUGAGCGAGACAAGAACCGAUUUGAAGCCGAGAUGAAACAAUUUCCAGGGGAGAAGCAGCGUCGGGGAGGAAAGAGGAAGCGUCGCUCCAAGGACCCCAACGCACCAAAGCGAUCUCUCUCCGCCUUCUUCUGGUUUUGCAACGACGAACGGCAGAAGGUGAAGGGAAUGAACCCAGAGUACGGAAUUGGUGAUGUUGCCAAAGAGUUGGGACGAUUAUGGGCACUGGCAGCACCUGAAACCAAGCAAAAGUACCAAGCCAUGUCUGACAAGGACAAGGCCCGGUACGAGAGAGAGAUGCACCUUUACAAGAGCAACCCCGCCCCUGCAGCAGCCCACGACGAUGAUGAAGAGGAAGAGAGCGACGACGAGUAUUAAGCAGCAUCUUAUUACUAACGCCUCCCACCCCCCUCGUUCUUCUUUACCCUCCUCUCAUCAUCGUCAACUUAGUUGUUAUUGUUAUAUUAUUCAUUGAUCCAUCUCAUUAUCCAACCUUUUUAUCCUUUAUUUUUGCAAAUGAAAGCGAAAGCUUUGUUUGAGUGAGAGGUGUAAGUUUCAGUAAAAAGUACUCAUUCAUCAUCAAUGAAUGACUUGUUUGUUAUUUAAUUGUUACAGUCUUAAGUAAUUCAGUGCAGUUGACAGUGCAAAGUUUAAAAAACCAACGGCUAGGUUAAAAUUUAAGAAAAUGUGGCUGGCAAGCUGCAUUAGCAGAGUAGUUUGAGUAUAAUCAGUGUAUGUUAAAUAAUAAUAAUAUUAUACAAGCUCCCAGUAAUUUUUUUUCUUCGUUCGUCGAUGACAACAAGGUGACCAGAAGACCUUUCGUUGAUGAUGAGGCGUAUGCAUGACGUGUGUCGCUUUGUGUUGUUAUUCAUGGUGACGAUCUAUUAUUGGCAGGCAGAUUAGCAGAUAGUGUGUACACGUAUUGUAAUUCUUAGUUUUACUGUAAUAAUAAUUAAUAUUAAAUGUAUCAUUGUUGUUUUUGAUUAUUAUUGUUAUUAAUAUAAUUACUUACUGUUCCAAUAAUUCGUUUUAUGUUGUUAACUUGUUUUUUUGUACGGUUGCUUUACAUUAUUACUACACCUACCUCUUCUAUGUACCACACAUUACAUAAUCCAUGAUCCAUCACACACAUAGCUACUGAUGAUGUAGACCGCACAUCUUGUUAAUGAGUCCAGUAGGAAAAGCUAACUUUUGUGGAGAAUUGAAAAUGAUGAAAUUACUUGUAACUUACAAAUCCAUACACACAUCGUCAAAUGUGAAUAAAUAUUAUUAUACUAACUUUUUUGUAGUUAGUACUAUUACUUAUUAAAUUGAAUGAGAACAAAAACCAAACCAAAAUCCGCUUUUCUACUUUGGAUUUUGGUAUGAAAGUAACUAUUAAGAUUUGAAAAAUAAAGUGAAUGUUAGGUUAAAAUUUGAAACCCUCCUCCUUCCAUAAAUAAAUGUUUUAAUUGAAUUAAGCCACCA